UUUAAAGACGUUGCAGAUCGUGAAUCCGCUCCAGAUCAUUUGUUCGUCAAUUGGAAACUGCCUAACGUACUGCCAAAUCGAUUCCAAUAUAAUACAUUCACAGUAGCAGCAGUACAAGAAGCAAACGAACUUUGGAAAGUGUUUAUUUUCUUUACACGACCUUUGCACUUCGAGCUUAUCGUAGAACAGGAAGCAAUAUAUUGUUAAACUAACAACGAUAAGCACCCGGUCGCAAAAAAAUGACCACGGGAUCGCAACCGGCGCACUUGAUAAUCGAGCAGUUCGGAACGGUUCGCCGGAUUACCAUCAACAAUCCCCGCAAGAAGAAUGCCCUAAAUCUGCAAGCCUAUGAGGACCUGGCGGAACAACUUAAUGCUGCCGAUCGGGAUGACCGUGUCGCAGUUGUGGUUCUGAUGGGAGUCGGCAAUUUCUACAGUUCCGGCAACGACAUCAGUGCAAUAUUGAACAGCAAUCAAUCCAUGGAGGAGCGACUGAACAGCUCCAAUGGGAAGCUGUACGAAAUGGUGAAAGCUUUCUAUUCGUUUAGCAAGCUACUAAUUGGAGUGGUCAACGGACCAGCCAUUGGGAUCGCUGCUACUACGGUGAUACUCUGUGAUGUCCUGUACAUGGUGGAUACGGCCUACUUCUACACUCCAUUCUCAGCGCUGGGGCUGUGUUCGGAGGGAUGCUCAUCUUAUACUUUCCCCAAGCUGAUGGGACGUAGCAAGGCGUCGGAAAUGCUACUUCUGAACUACCGAAUGAGUGCCCAGGAAGCUCUUCAGUUCAACGUAGUAGCUGAAUUGUACAAACAGGAGGAAUUUGAGUCGAAACUGUGGCCUCGGAUUCUAAAGUACGGUGAGCUGCCCGUUGGAUCGAUCAAAGCCACCAAGCAGCUCAUAAAGCGGUUUGAACUGGAUGAACUCGAACGAGCCAACAAGAAUGAAGUCGAAACGCUUGCCACACGAUGGACAACCGAUGAAGCUUUGCAUGCUGUUAUGAAUUUUAUGACCAGAAAGAGUAAAAUGUGAUCAACGUUUUCAGCAUUAACCGAUGCCUGUAGGACGAAUCUCUCUCUAAUUUGG